UCCGAGCCCUUUAAUUGGCCCCGGGCCGCCGCAGGGGGGCCGCCGCCGGGGGGGCCGCUGCAGGGGGGCCUCGGGUGCCUCCAUUGGCCGCCUGCGUUGCGCCCCUGCGUUCCUCCUCGACGCGUGGCCGCUGCUGCCCGCGGAUUACAUGCACAUCCCCGCGCAAACUCCGGCUGCUGGAGGUUUUGAUCACGGCCAGAGGAGACAGAGAGAAUACACAGUCAUCAGGAUAAAAGUGGCCCCCAGUCCGGAUCUGAGGACCGUGGAGGUCGGAAUCGGAUUGUUGCAGCGGCUGCAGAGAGGAGAUCUGCUGAAAGGACCAAGGACUUUUCUGCUCCAACCUGAACUUUCCUGUCUGGGAUUCGAGCUUCUGCAGGAAUCAAUGAUCACCUCAUCCAGAAGAGUUUCUCCUGAUAAAUCUGAAGUUAGAAUCACCUUCAGCCUCGACGAUAAAUCAGAUGGAAAGGAUGUAGACGACCAUUCGCGAAGCCUCCCGGACCUCGAGCAACGGCUGCAGCCCGUCCCUCCCUGCGUGUCCCUCAGGGAAAGCGUCCACGUCUACAAGCAGCACUGCAGGAUGGCCCGGGAGUUCCACCAGGUCAAACACGACAUGGCCGUCCUGGAGGACCGCAAGCGUAAGCUGCUGGCCGACCUGGUGGAGGACGAGAACGUUGCCGUGGAGAUCGCCCGGCUGGAGGACGAGUUCCGGCGGCUGACGGAGGAGAACCGCACCCUGGUGACGCUGCACCGGGAACGCACUCAGCAGCUGGAGCGGCUCUGCCCGGCCGGCCGGAGGAGGCAGGACUCCUGGUGACCUCUG